AUGUUAAGGGCUGAGUUCACCAAUUUGGUUGCAUGUCAUGAAGCUAAAUGUGUGUUGCCUGUUAACUCUUCCAAGAGUAUCAUCGUUGUCAAUAGUAAUAACGACUUCUUCGUAUAUACGAUUGACGAGAAAUCAAAUGUUCGAUUACUAUACCAAUAUGAGCAGCCGUUAGGUACUUCAGUAGAUAUUCAGAAGCUAGCAUAUUCAGUCCAAUUACAGACUGUAUUUGUUAAGUGUGAGAAAUCGUUUUUGUUAUUGCAUGCCAGUUCGUUGAAGCAAUAUGAUAAGAUUGUUGAUAAAAGAGGAUCAGAUAGGUUUUGGGUCUUUGAAAAGACCGAUGGAGAUGAUAUGCAAAUGACACUCCUUGUAUACUCUAUUAAGGAUACGAUGAAAUUAAGGAUGCUUGCAUGGAUUAAUAAACAAUUCCAGUCGAUACAAGAAGUUAAUUUAAGCUCAAAAUCUGAGGUGCUUAAGUCCGUAACACUAGACGUAAAUGGUUGUAUAGUGGUAUCAUCUACUGCGGUUUACCACUGGCCGUUCAUGCAAUCCUAUUUGCUACGAAUUGACAAGGUUCAAAAGCCAGCUUGGCCAAAAGAUCUCUACGAUGCGGUUAUGGAGCUGGAAGCUUCUCAAACCGAACUGUCGGUACAAGGAAAAUACAUUGCUGAGGAUACUAAGUCAAUUCGCUCCAGUGAUAACAUGUCUCAGAUCUCAAAGAAGACGAAUAUGUCAAGUUUCUUCUUCAAGAAACCUAUUGGACGAGCAUUUAACGAUAUUCGGUUUACUUUCAAGCCAUCAAACUUGCCUCAUCCUGUGGUUCUUGAUGGAAAAACCGAGAUGCUACUCCAAUUAGAUGUUAGUGACAAUGGAAUGCACGUAAUUACUGUCAUAGAUAACAAAAAAUUCUAUGAUCGAAACAAAGAGUUUAAUAAGGUGCAACAUUUCUGCUCUCGCAUGCUUAUAGUCUAUAAUUCCAAUUCCGUGAAGAUAGUGGACUACUACCAUGGCUUUACUUAUGCUGAAAUCUUUGUCAACAAAGGAGUGAAGAAAGUUUUUGUCCCAUCCCACUUAACGUUAAUGUUGUGGACCACAGAUAACACACUGGAAUUUUACCGUCUAAUAGUGGACAGGUCUGCAGAAUCCUUAACUGUCGCAGAUGACAAGCCAGUAUUUGAUGAAAUCGAGGAAAAUCGAUAUGAGAUUUUGAAGAAGAGGAUGAUGUUUUGUGAAACGUCGCUAGAUAUGGACGCUAUAGUUAAUUUUAUUGGUGAAAUGGAAUCAUCCGAAAUAACUAAAAUAGCUGAGAGAUAUUGCUUAAAACUUCGUGAUCUCUCUAUUAAUUUUGCCACGAAGUCUUACGAAAGGGUAGAAUAUCUAAAUCCUACAUUCACGUCAAGAAGUCCGAUUGAUCGUGUUAAAAAAUUGCAUGAGCUUAUAGUGAAACAAAUGUUUGAUUUAUUUAUUUCAUUUUUGGCUCCCCCUGAACUAGUAAUAAAACUAUGCCUGCCGCUGGAUAUGACUGAGACUAUAGACAAAAUCUCACCUGUCUACACAGCUAUAUCUAAGCGAAAACAACCAGAGUUACCAGCAAAACUAAUUAAUAGAUGGUGCUUACCUUACCUGACUGAGAUUAGAAGGAACCUGCAAAAACUGCAAAAAGUUGGUCCAGAAGGGAAGAUUGAAUGGCAUUAUAGAUCGCAUAAAUUGAGGGUUGGCCUGGAGUUUUUCCGAAUUAACAGCGAUAGCAAUAUUACCUUGAAAGACUUGAUGAAAAUAAUUGAUACCGCUCUUUUUGAACUUUAUGUCCGUUAUAAUAGGAACUUAGUUGGACCAUUAAUCAGAGUUAAUAAUGACUGUGAUUUUGAUGUUGUAGAAAAAACAUUACGGGAGAAUCAAAUGUUCCAAGAAUUAAUUGAUUAUUAUUAUAAUAUGGAAGAGCACGGUAGAGCACUCUCUUUAUUAACAAAUCUACCAGGAAUUGUUGAAGGACAUCAGCCAGUUAAUGGCUUAGAUGAAAAGAUCCAGGAUCUAAUAAUAGACUAUUUGCGAAAGCUACCAAACCAAUUUCUAGAUAGCAUUUUCCAAUAUACAGAUUGGUUAUCAAAGAAUUCAACUGACAUAGAGUUUGUGAUUACAAAUAUAUUCAUGAACGACUCUCCAUUAUGUGGAACCUACAAUUACAAAGAGGUAUACAGGUUUAUUGACAAACACAGCCGUGCAUUAUCACUAAGGUACUUGGAAUAUAUUAUUAACAUUUACCACCAUACUGAUACUAAGCUUUUCAAUUAUUUGAUUAUGAGAUAUAUAGAAAAUCUUGAUGAUAAUAUCUCUGUUAAAAAGUUGAAGGCGAUACUCAGGACUACUUCCCAUUAUGAACCAAAAGUAAUAUUAAGGUAUCUGACAGUUGCAUUAGAAAGCGAAGACUUAAGUCCUGAAAAGGACAAAUUAUUAAAAUUACUAAGAACUUAUCCACUGAGGAGAUUAGGCGAACAUGAUACCGCUCUAAGGAUAUUAGUCGAGGACCUUCAUAAUUACUCUCAGUCAUCUCUUUAUUGCAAUGAAAUAUAUUCUUCUGAUAAAGACGCUGGGGUGAAAGUGCUAAUGUUAUUAUUUAAAAAGUUACUGUCACAGGUUGCAACACAUGGCUGGAAUAAUAUACAUUUGUUUCUUCUUGAAAACGGGUCAAAACUAGACACUCUCACAUUGCUUGAAAUGCUCCCCAAUGAUAUACCAAUUAAAAGCCUCAGUGAAUUCCUCAGCAGAAGAGUUAAACAUGCUUCUAUGAAGAAGAACCAGUCUCGGAUCCAAAGUAACCUUCUCAGGGUGAAUCUAAUUGAACAAAAUUACUUGGCGACACAGGUGAUGUCUGAAUUCGUCAUUAUUGGGGAGGAUACAAAAUGUUACAUAUGUCAUAAGAAUUUAAAUGUUGGGAGUAGUGAAUUGUUUUCCCUAUAUAAGCAUGACGACAGUAACAUAGUCACCCAUUAUAAUUGUGGUCGGUCAUUACAAGGAAAGAUUAAACCGGGUGCGAAUGCUUAA